AUGACAAUGAAACACUUCUUAUUACUGGCUGCUGCUGCCGUCUUCCUGCACGUUUUGAUUACAAGAGCAAAACCACCUAAAGUUCCAUAUGAUACACUCCUUAUGGAACCGGCAACUGUCCAAGAAGAAAUAGUGACUGUACAUAACACCAUCAGGAGAGGAGUAUUUCCACCAGCCAGCAACAUGCUAAAAAUGAAUUGGAGUGAAGAAGCUGCAAGAAACGCCAGAAUGUUGUCAAAAGAUUGUGAAUUGGUAGAGAGCAAUGCAGUUAAGAGGCGAAUUACAAAUACUUUUUGUGGAGAAAAUAUGCAUCUGUCAUCUUAUCCUAUCUCAUGGUCAAACGUAAUCAGAAUCUGGUACAGUGAGUCUAAAUAUUUCAAGUAUGGGGAAUGGGCCUCGACAGAUGAUGACAUGAUGAUGGAGCAUUACACUCAGGUUGUUUGGGCCACUUCUUACCUUAUUGGCUGCAGCAUAUCAUCAUGUUGUAAAGGAAUUCAGUAUCUCUACAUUUGUCACUAUUGUCACGAGGGCAAUGAUCCUGACAAAAAGAAUGUACCUUAUAAUAAGGGAACUCCAUGGGGAGACUGUCCAAAUAACUAUGAAGAUAAACUUUGUACAAACCCUUGCAUCUACUACGAUGAAUACAGUAAUUGUAAGACACAGACACGAGGUCCUGCCUGCAGCCACCUGUCAGUUCAACGACUCUGCAAAGCUAGUUGCCUGUAUCCCACUGAGAUAAAAUAG